AGUCUUCUGUGAGUGACGUCUUGCACCCCCGCCAUCCGAACCUCUACUUCCGACUCCAAACCGCACCGCUUCAUGCUUUUGUCCCUCCCUACGCAGCAUUGCUAAUCCGCUGUAUCUAUCAUGUCGAGAGCGCCCCAGCUACCGGCUGACUUCCACUUGUUUAUCUCGACACCCGGCGCUGUACACUCGUACCAUGGGGCGGCCAGCGAGCUUCUGUUCGAAUGCGCAACAGACGGCAUCGUCAACGCCUGCGCCGCCAAGGACAAUAGCAGUCUGCUCGCUGUCGCAGACAGUCGUUUGGUCAUUCUGCAUGACGCGACGCGCGGGGCUGAUAGGAAGUACAGGCUGAAAAGCGGCGAGGGCGAGCCACGUCUCCUGCUCUUCUCCCCGGACUCGCGCACCCUCUACUUCACCACCACGCUUAGCACAUGCAUCCAGGCAUACUACAUCCCGGCCGGUGAGCUUCGGCCCCCGCCCCAAACUCACCCUUCUCCGCCGAACAUUCUCGCCAUCUCGGAAGACGGAAACAUACUUCUCUCCGCGUCCCCGACCCCACCUACGAUAUUCAUCCAAGACUUAGGAACGGGUAGCCGCGCCUCGGUGAGAUUUCAGCCCGCAGAAGCGCGAUCACCGGCCGCGUUCGCGACGUUUCAUUCUCACGCUCGUCCUAUAAAGCCGUCUUAUGUUCUAUUUCUUUUGGGCUUUCAGGAUGGAACGCUGUCUGCGUAUAGGCUUGUCUCGCCCAUGCUACGUCCAUUGCACACAAAAUCGCACCCCAAUCAGACGCAAGCAUUAAUACAGCAGCCGUUGAAGGUGGGCUCUAUCAGGAAGCUCCACAAGGCGGCUAUGGGUGGCAUAACGGCGGCUGAGUUUAUCCCCGGUUACAAGUCCCGCGCUAUCAGCAUUGGGCAUGAUGGACGUUGUCGGCUCGUUGACUUCGAAGAUGGGGGAACGGUGCUCAGGACUUAGCAUGUUUCUGAGCCAGCAACUUGCCUGUCCGUUAUCUCGAAUGGGCCGAUUGCCUCCAGGGGAAGGAAAGACAAAGCUGUUCUUCUGGGCGGCGAUGCAGCGGAU